AUGCUCGAGAGAGACGACCUGGACUCUCUGCUCGACAAGCACGGCGUCUCCGGCGUCUCGAUUGCGGUGCUGUGCCCGGACGGCAGCGGCGACGCCUCCGUUUCCACACAGUGCGCCGGCAUUGCGGAUCCCAACGCCACUCCCCUCUUCGACUCGACGUUGCUGCAGAUUGCAUCGCUGUCAAAGCCGAUUGCGUCGACGUUCGCGGCCGGCUAUUUUGCCGACGCUGGCGUCUCACUCGACACGCCCGUCGCCGACGCACUCGCCGCCGCCAACUCGCCGCUCCGUCUUCGCGCCGCCAAGGGAAUGCCGGCGGAGUGGGCAGAAACAGUCACGCUGCGGCAGAUGAUGGACCACACUGGCCUCGGGAUGCACUACGCCAACGGAGUGCCGCGGUCGGACGAGUUUCCGCCGGUGCUCGCCCUCCUGUCGGGGAGUGAGGAGGCGCCCGCGCCGUACGGGUACGCGUCGCUCGCGAUGACCAAGGCGCCUGGGACGCGCUUCGGCUACUCGGGUGGUGGCUUCCUCGUGCUGCAGCACUUGAUCGAGUGCCGUGAGGGACGACCCGCCGCAGAGGUGAUGGAGGCCUUCCUGCGCCGCUGCGGAACCGCCGUGCACCUCGGACUCACGUUCGAGCACGAGCCGCCGCCGCACAAGCACGUCGCCUGCGGCUUCUACGACGGGCAACAGCCGGUGCCUGGCGGGCGCAAGUCCUUCCCGCCCUUUGCCGCCGGCGCCCUCGGGUCGGCCGCAGGGCUUGCCGACUGGCUGCGCGUACUCGCGCUUGCCUACCAUCGGCCAGAGGGCGCCAUCUCGCACGCGGCGGCGCGCGCCGUGCUCACGCCCUCCGCCGCGGGCGACCUCGGCUCGGAUGCCUUUAUGGGUGCGGCGAUGGGCGUCGGGAUGUUCGUCUUCGACUCCCAUGGCGCCGACGGACGCACGUCGCGCUGGAUGCUGCACCAGGCGGCGAACGAUGGUUUCCGCGGUGUGCUGCUCGUCUGCUUCGAUGGGCCGGACGCCGCAGAGGGUCCGCGAGGCUUUGUCAUCCUCGCCAACGGCGACAACGCCGCCGUCAAUCUCGUGUCGGCGGUGGCGCGUCGGCUGCUCUGCGCGCCGCGCGGCCCCUUUGCGCGUGUGGCGCUCGACUGGUCGCGUGUGCCCGACCCAGACGUGCCCUAUCUUUCGCGCGCAAGCAGCCAGGAAGAGAUUGUCAAUCUCGGCCUCAAGGAGCAGGUGCUCAAUGCGUUUGUCAAGCCCGCGGCAGGGCCAGUGCUACUGCCACUACCGGACGUGCCGCCGACCAAGAGCGCUCACGACGUCGAUCAGGGGGGGGCCUAG